UCUCCAUUUCCAGAUUCUACUCAUUCAAUGAUUCAGUCAAAAACAUCUCUUUGAGAAGUUUCGACUCAUCAGAGAAGAAGAAAAUCCCAUUCAAGCUUUCUUUUUUUUAUUUUUCAUGAUGCAUAAGUGGACCAAGAAGAAGACCCAAUUCCCUUUACUGGCAUUGCUCUUCAUUGCCUUCAUCGUUUUGUCGAUUCUUCACUACGAACGCAGCAUUCUGCAAAUUCAAGAAGACCAAGAUCAUAUUCACCAUGAUCGUCAUCAUCAUCAAUCUCCUUUCACCUUCGUGAAACCCAAUCUCGCCAGACUUCAGAGUCGAACUCCAGAGGUUCUUGAUCGAUUCAGUAAAUGUAACUCUACCCGUGAGUACAGUCGCCGGAAAAUUGAGUGGGCGGGUGCGACGAAGACCAGUCGCCGGAGAAAGACUACGGAGAGCUGUGACGUGUUUUCGGGUAAAUGGGUAUACGACAACGCUUCGUAUCCGCUGUAUCAGGAGUCGGAAUGUCCAUACAUGUCUGACCAGUUGGCUUGUCACAAGCAUGGGAGGAAUGAUUUGGACUAUCAGUACUGGAGAUGGCAACCACAUGGAUGCAAUUUGAAGAGGUUAAAUGCAACUGAAAUUUGGGAGAAGUUAAGGGGGAAAAGGCUUAUGUUUGUAGGGGACUCAUUAAACAGAGGACAGUGGAUAUCAAUGGUGUGUUUGUUACAGUCAGUAAUACCUGUAGAUAAAAAAUCCAUGUCACCAAAUGCCCCUCUUACCAUUUUCAGAGCAGAGAAUUAUAAUGCAACUAUUGAAUUUCUCUGGGCUCCGCUGCUUGCGGAAUCAAAUUCUGACGACCCAGUGAAUCACAGACUUGAUGAAAGGAUAAUUCGUCCAGAUACAGUUCUCAAGCAUUCAUCACAGUGGGAGCAUGCUGAUAUAUUAAUUUUUAACACAUACCUGUGGUGGAGACAAGGUCCAGUUAAGCUGUUAUGGAGUGCUGAAGAAAGUGGAAUUUGUGAAGAGUUAGAUGGCGUCGGUGCCAUGGAGUUGGCUAUGGAAGCUUGGGCAGAUUGGGUAGCCACUAAAGUGGAUCCUCGCAAGAAGCGGCUUUUUUUUGUUACAAUGUCUCCUACACAUCUUUGGAAUAGAGAAUGGAGUUUAGAGGGUGAAGGUAACUGCUACAACGAAAAAACUCCUAUCGAUUUGGAGGGCUACUGGGGAAGUGGUUCUGACCUGCCUACCAUGCGCAUGGUGGACAGGAUCCUUGACAAGCUAAGCUCAAAGGUAUCAGUUCUCAACAUAACUCAACUCUCGGAGUAUCGAAAAGAUGGUCACCCCUCGAUCUUCCGGAAGUUCUGGGAGCCUUUGAAACCUGAGCAAUUGGCAAACCCUGCUAGUUACUCUGAUUGUAUACACUGGUGCUUGCCUGGUGUACCUGAUGUGUGGAAUGAGUUGCUCUUCCAUUCUUUGUAAAAAUAUAUACAUUUUGUAAAACAUUCUUUGAAGGCUAUAAUUCUUUUUAUGUUUUCACAUAUCAAUGGGAAAAAGGAUCUUUUUGCAUA